UAAAAAUCAAAACGUAAAGUAGGUAGAAGACAUCAGAAUAUCAGAAGCUAGAGCUAGAGCCAGUCCAAAUAAAUACGUAGUGUAUACUUUAAUAUACAGAAAUUGGGAAUGAUAUUCAAAAUUACUGUAAUAUGUUCCUUGCUAAACAUUGUACAUUCAGUAUCGCGCCAUCCAAUACUCAUAAUCGUUUCCUAUGAUGCGUUCAGAUACAACUUUUUUGAAACUAAAUUGGUUCCUAACAUGGAAAGAUUGAAGAAAGUUGGAACUUAUGCCGAUUAUUUAAUAAACGUGUUUCCAACGAAAACGUUCCCCAACCAUCACUCCAUUGCCACAGGAUUGUAUACAGAAACUCAUGGAAUUGUAGGUAAUAGUUACUUUGAUACAACAUCCAGAACGAUUAAAAGAUUAGGAAGUGAGAUGUUCAGUUAUAAUAAAGAUAUUAUACCAAUAUGGAAAUGGAACGAAGAUCAAGGUAAUGAUAGAUAUUCCGCAUCUAUGAUGUGGCCUGGUGCAAUUUUUCCUUACCAAGGUAAAAACAUAACACACAUACAAGGAUUUGAUCCCAAUAUGGACUGGUUUCAAAGAGCUGAUAUGAUUAUUUCGUGGCUAAUGAACCCUGACAAGCCUGCUAAUCUGGUUAUGUUUUAUGUUGAAGAACCCGACACUCACGGUCACGCCUAUGGACCUAACGCACCGGAAAUCAAAGAAUUGCUACAGAAAUUGGACAACUUAACUGCUUAUUUAGAGGACCAAUUGGAUAAAUACAAUUUAGCUGAAAGAACAAACGUGAUUCACAUGAGUGACCAUGGUUUAGUCGGUGUGACUCCUCCAUAUUUCAUAAAUAUGACUCAGUACAUGAAAUAUGGAACUUACGAUAUGGCUGGUGCUAGUCCGUGUUUACAAAUUUAUCCUAAGGAAGGACAUGAACAAGAAAUUUAUGACGCUUUAAAGGCUGGUUCUUUAAAGAACGGACACUUCAAAGUAUAUCAAAAGAAGAAUUAUCCAAAACAGUGGCACUACAAAAAAUGUACACGAUCUCCGCCCAUUCUGGUAAUGGCCGAUGUGGGUUACGCUUUAGAUGAUUAUAUUAAAGGUGCACCGGAGUAUGCUGAGAAAUAUAAUUUUACACUAACAAAUAGCUCAGAAUUCGGCGUCCAUGGAUACGACUACAACGUAAGUGACAUGCACCCAUUUUUUAUGGCCAGGGGACCAAAAAUCAAGAAACAGCACAAAGUAGCUCCGUUCCACACCGUAGAUCUUUUUAAUCUUUUCACGCAAAUCCUCGAAAUACCUCCAUUGCCCAACAACGGAUCGAUGGGCAAUAUUGUAGAUAUCCUCAAUGACAAACAAGGGAGAUAUAGCAUCGGAUCUAUCUUAAUGGUUACUGAUGUUAUCAAUAAUUUUGAAGAAGUUGCCGAUGUAUUAGGCCAUGAUAUAUUGAAGAUAGCGCAUUUCGUUAGUCGUGGCCCACAUAGGUCCAGGUUAUCUAAACCGUCACUUUUAGGCAUACUAUAUUUAAUUAAAGAAGAAAUCAACACCCUAGUAAGAGUAGGUGGAGUGUUGGUAGCUCUUCUCUUCAUUAGCGUCGCUGCCACGAUCGCCCUAAUAAUCAUAAAACGACAGCAGACCAUCACAACGGCUGCCGCUCUGAACAAACGUUUUCCACAAACGUUCCAUCACAACAUCGUCGAAGCUCAACAUCUGCUCGAACCCGAAGACGCCUAACUCUAGAUCAAAUUUUAGGUUAGGUAUUUAUAAAACAAUUAUAAGAAUCUGUCGCGGGUUUUGGAUUUAGAAGGGGAAGAAGGGAAAUAAUAAUUAGCUUUUUCGAGAAAAACUGAUACAAGCGCAAAAUCUAGAGAUUUGUAUAGUCGGUAGUUAAAAAGUAAGUAUCAAAGUAUGUAAAGAUUACGUACAGCUGGUUACGUGGUAUUUGAUUUUUGUUAGAUUGGACUCACUUUCUUAUUAAAGUGUGGUAAAGACACAAUUUAUAUUUUAUAUCUUGUAUCUCUCUUUCUCCAAACUGACAGUUUAUGUAAUGUAAAUUAUAUAAUGAAUAAUAGAGGUAUUUAAAAAUAUUUCAAUAUGUGUUAUACCGAUAGUUACGAAUGUGGCGAAAGAAGCUGCAUGCGUUCUUUUCAAACUCUUUUUGAAAGGUUAGAAAUGUAUCUUUUUAAAUUAGAAAUUAAGGUAAUUAUUAUGUCUCCUCUUCCUUUUAAUGAAACUAUAUAAAAAUGUAGAUAUGCCACACACAUUUUUGCGUAUUUAUUAGAAAUGUCGUUUUCUGGAACGAAAGAUAAAGCAUUAGAUUUAAAGCAUAGACCUGUAGAUCGGUGACAAAGGUUUUGUUCUAAAAACAAGGUACUUGAAAUGAUUAUUCUAUAUUAUAACUGAUUAUUUGUUUUUAUCUCUGUGAAAAAUGCCAAAGAAUAAUUUUAAUUUUAAUGUGAAUAUGAUUAUUAUAAGUAUACAGGGUGUUAUAAGUAUGUAAAACUUUAAAGGGUAAUUCUACAUGAUAAAAUAAUGACAGUAUGCUCUAUAAACAUAUGUCCGCAAAUGCUUCGUUUCCAGGAUACGCACGGGGUGUUGCAUUUUUUUUUCAAACUGUAUAUUUUUUUUAUCCCUAAGACCUUUUAAGCUAUUAAAAUUAAAUUUGCUGGGUUUCAAGAGGUAGCUAUUGCGCAUUUUUUGGCAAACACACAAUUUUAUAUUCAUCAUUUGUUCGCCUACGGGUAAUGGUCUGAAUUUUUUAAAGAAAAAAAUAGUACGCCACUGAGAUAUUUUAAAUUAAAAAUUAUUUUGUAUUCCAUAUUUAAUUUAUGAUAAAGAACCUUUCCUGUCUUGUUUUCAUGUGGUGCACCGUUUUUAUGCAAAAAAAUAAAACAUCUUCGCGCGUAUUUUUCAUUUCGUAAUAAAUUAUCAAGAACUCUCCAAUAUAAUAACGCCAAACUAGAAUAAUAACAGAAAAUAUUUCUAAAAAGAUUUUAACUAUGUGCAAGGCGACAACAAAUGUUCAAAAUUAUCUCCUUUAAAGGUGACAGAGUAAUUUUAUAUUCACCAUUGGCGCGCGUACGGGUAAUGGCCCCAUUUUUUUAAAGAAAAAAAUAGUACGCCACUGAGAUAUGUCAAAUUAAAAAUCAUUUUUGAAUUUCUCGUUCAAUUUACGACAAAAAAUCGUUUUUGUCUUUUUUCAUAUGAGGCGCCGUUUUUAUGCAAAAAAAUAAAAUAUCUUAACGUUUACAAAGUAUUUGAAAUAAGUUUCUAUGCAUAUGGAAUCUACCUCGAAUAAUUUGUAAGCGUUAAGAUGUUUUAUUUUUUGU